AGUGGGCUGGACUGUGAACGAUAUAUCAAAACUUUACAGGCGAGAGUUAAACACCAUUGAAACGUUUUACACGAAGCCAUGUAACACAUCUUUGCUGCCGGGACUACAUUAUAGCAGAUACGAUACGAAAACUUCAAAACUAUUACAACUAUUCAAGGCCGUGUUGAGUUAAUUGGAGGUCACAAGAACAGGAAUACACAAACACCAUGAACUCCCAAAGUAGCUAUGCCAGUAGCUUUAUCUUUCAGUCCAUCAACGAUGAUCUAAAUGCGUCUUUGGCCACGGCAGAUGAGCUGUCUCGAGAGUUCAGCUCUCUUAUGCAGGAAGCGACUCCUACCGUAGAAACCACUACUGCACAGAGUUCCACCCCCAAAACCCCAAAAAGCAGCAAUGGCAGUAGUAGUUUCUAUAGUGCAAACAAGAAUGGAAAUGAGAGCAACAUGUCCUUUCCCCAGACCUCUACAAGCAGCCUGACCACCGAAUCCAACCAACGCUCCAUUGACUCCACCAUGAGCAGAACAGAAUCUAACCUGGACAAACCAUCCAGCAUGAUAUUAAAGACAGCAUCUUCCAAUCCUUUAACCCAGCAGAUGUCCCCUUUUAUGUCCCGCAAAGACAAAUCAGACACACGGUUUAACUACAACCAAAUGACACCCCCUAACAUGUCUCCCAAAACCAUGAGAUCUCUAGGCAUGACAUCAAUGAGUUAUGGGGAGCCAACUGCCUUAUCCAGUCCCAGCUAUGACAGCAAAUCAGCUCGUAGUAUGAUGCAGCCUUCAGCUAGUACAUUUGCCUUGCCUCCGAGUGCCAGGCCAGCUCAACCUUUCGGUCAACAAGGUGUCAGUACGCUACCACGCAACUUUCAUUCAUUCAGAACCUUGGACGAUGGAUUGCAGAAGCAGAAGAACCCCUCUAAGUGGAACGAGACAGACCUGGAUGUGUCAUAUGAGAGAAAGUCUCACCACGCCUACGACAAGAAUGAAUGGAUCAGACCAUCUGUACCAAACAGUAACUGGAAAGAAUCAAACCUGGACGCUCCUCCUUCCACUAAGAAGCCUCAACCCUGUUACAGCUCACUUCCACGGAACACCCGUAUCGCUGUGCCUCCUGAUCAUCCCUCAACCCCCAGUUCACUAUAUGGCCCACAACCAAUCAUCUCCCGCAUCUCCAUUCCUCCUACAAACACUGGAGUCCGCAAGCAUAGGCCCAUUCCCCUCUCUGUCAUCAUGAGGCUUCAAAACCCCGCCUAUGCUUUAGAUGACACCAGAUACACCCCUGAUCCAGUGGGAGAACAAAAUCCAGGAAUUUACCGGCAAGCUCUUCCCUUGCCCAAAGAGUACUUCCGGCCUGUUCAAACACCUCAGCCUCAGCAACCUCAGAGACAAUUUACAUACUAUAGAGAAGUACUCCAAUCUGCAGAUGUUGAUGCUGAGCUUGAGAUGCAGGAGAAACAGGAGACUGCUAGAACAGAUGAGAGUAUGGUGGAGGAACCUAAGAUGCCCCCUCGACCUCUCAGCCCCACACGGCUGCAGCCUGUGGUGGCCCCUGAAGCAGAAAUGGUCACUGAUGUAGAAGAACUGAUACGGAUCCGCUCAGAGUUCCCCAGGGCCCUGAAGAGACGGGGCUCCGUUGAAGUUUCUCAACCCUCGAAAGAAUUGCCCAUUUCCCAGCCCAACCAAUACAAGCAGAUGAUCAAUAAACUGUUUCACAAAAGGAUCCGCAUCAAAGAGGAACCUAUUGCAGAGAGCGGCGGCUCUUCGGAUGAAGAAGAGAGUCCAAAAGCUGCUUCAGUACCUGUCACUAUGAUACAGGUCUCAUGUGAUCAGAAACAUCUUCGGUCUAUCUUACGGAAGAGUAAGAAAUCCUCUAAACCUGGCCUCCGCAAAGCUCACCUGAGCCCACUGGUACUGAUGCUGGAUGGGGCUUUAGUAGGAGAACUAGAAACUGUACAGAAGGCUGCGCAGGCGAUAAGUGAUCCAAGUCUGGCUAAUGAUGAAGGAAUCACGGCCCUUCACAAUGCUAUCUGUGGUGGACACUUCCCAGUGGUUGAGUUCCUGGUACGCAUCGGAGCUAACGUCAGCGCUCCAGAUAGUCAUGGCUGGACACCCCUUCACUGUGCUGCAUCCUGUAAUGAUCUGAGAAUGUGCGAAUUUCUGGUGAGGAACGGAGCAGCGGUCUUGGCGGUAACAGACAGCGAUGGAGCCACGGCAGCACAGAAAUGUGACCCGUAUGCUGUGAACUUCGAAAAUUGCGAGAGCUUUUUAAGAGGUGUGGAGGAAGUGAUGGGUGUGGAGAACAGCGGGGUGGUGUACGCUUUAUGGGUAUAUUCUGCCCAGGCUCCAGACGAGCUGAGCUUUAAAGAAGGAGACAUGGUGACCAUACUGCAGAAGACUGAAGGGGUGGACUGGUGGUGGGCUUCACUGUGUGGCAGAGAGGGCUUCGUACCAAUCAACUACUUUGGUCUUUUUCCAAAAGUGCGGCCUAGAACACUAUGCUGAAGCACAGAAGCCGUCUGCAGACUUCAGUCAUAAGGUGCCUGAAUCGUGCCUGGCCAAACUGACGUGUUUUUGAAAGUGACAUGAGGUGCACGGUUUAAGACUUUUUAAGUCUUUUUUUCACCCCCUAAAUCGUAUAUUGAGAACAGCUAGCUUUCUUAACAUUCACACUGCAACAGAUCUUUUUUCACCUCCAAGAAAUCACAGCAUCGUCUGUGAUUGGAAGUCAUUCACUGGGAACUAAUAUAAUCCCAAGUAAAAUCUUCUAAUCCGUUCCCGUCUAUGGAAGUCAGUGCUUAGCGUGUUGUUUAACUGAUUCAUUUGACAUUAAAAAUACAUUUUUCACUUCAUGAGGACACCUUUUCGUGACUUUAGUUCAAAUGAUGUUACAUACACUGUAUUUCCUUUGGUUGGAGAGGCUCAUUGACGGUCUUGACUAAUCUGAGGGACUGAUCAAAAAGGAAAGGAAUUCAUCCGUCUGUAAGUGUUGCUUUUGUCCAUGUAUAUUUUGCGUGCAAGUUGUUUAUCAGUUGUUAAUCCGUAAUGAUAGAUGCAUUUGAAUGAACGGUGGUCUAACUCAACUUUUGAUUAUUAACAGUAUUUUAUGUAACUAGUUCAAUCUUUUUAUACAUAACAUAUAAGUACAUAUUUUGAGAAUAACACAUACUUUCCAUGUGGGUUGUGUGCUGUACGCUUGCUUUGUUAUAAGAAACGUUUAAUUGGGUUUUUGAUGGUUUUACUGGGUGUUUGCAUCAGCCUUGUUGAAUCCAUUGACUGUGACUGUUACAAUAUGAUAAACAUUUUUGUAAUACUCUUGCACAAAAGUAACUUUAAUAAAUAAAUCUACACAAAUGUGA